AUGGACAGCUGGCGUCGGGUGAUGGUGGCUAAGAGUAUCCUCCAUCAGGUGACUGCUGCUCUGGCUGUGGCUGAACAGGAGCUCUGCUUUGAACACAGAGACCUCCACUGGGGUAAUGUAUUGGUCCAGUCCACUAAGGAGAAGGAGGGGAGUUUCCUCCUCAAUGGGACAAACCAUUCCUUAGAGACCAGGGGGGUGAGCGUACGCAUCAUCGACUACUCCCUCUCCAGGCUCGAGAUAGAUGGUCUCACCGUGUCCUGUGACAUCUCAGAGGAUGAGGAGUUGUUCCAGGGCCAUGGAGACCUGCAGUUUGACAUCUACAGACUCAUGAGACAGGAGAACGGUAACAAGUGGGGUGACUACCAGCCCCACUCCAAUGUGUUGUGGCUCCACUACCUGAGCUCCAAGCUGCUGACUAUGACCUAUAAGAGUCGAGGGGGGCGGGGCGUCAAGCAGGCCCGGUUGGACCUGCAGCGUUUCCACGACGAUGUCCUCACCUUCCGAUCUGCCUCUGACAUACUGUACAACUGUGGCCUGUUCCAAUGAGAAAGAGUGUGUGUGUACUGCCAAGUGGUUAGCAGGAUGCUAAGUGGUUAGCAGGAUGCUAAGUGGUUAGCGGGAUGCCAAGUGGUUAGCGGGAUGCCAAGUGGUUAGCAGGAUGCCAAGUGGUUAGCAGGAUGCUAAGUGGUUAGCAGGAUGCCAAGUGGUUAGCAGGAUGCCAAGUGGUUAGCGGGAUGCUAAGUGGUUAGCAGGAUGCUAAGUGGUUAGCAGGAUGCUAAGUGGUUAGCAGGAUGCCAAGUGGUUAGCAGGAUGCCAAGUGGUUAGCAGGAUGCUAAGUGGUUAGCAGGAUGCCAAGUGGUUAGCAGGAUGCCAAGUGGUUAGCAGGAUGCCAAGUGGUUAGCAGGAUGCCAAGUGGUUAGCAGGAUGCCAAGUGGUUAGCAGGAUGCCAAGUGGUUAGCAGGAUGCCAAGUGGUUAGCAGGAUGCCAAGUGGUUAGCAGGAUGCCAAGUGGUUAGCAGGAUGCCAAGUGGUUAGCAGGAUGCCAAGUGGUUAGCAGGAUGCCAAGUGGCUUUAGCAGGAUGCUAAGUGGUUAGCAGGAUGCCAAGCGGUUAGCAGGAUGCCAAGUGGUUAGCAGGAUGCCAAGUGGCUUUAGCAGGAUGCUAAGUGGUUAGCAGGAUGCCAAGUGGUUAGCAGGAUGCCAAGUGGUUAGCAGGAUGCCAAGUGGUUAGCGGGAUGCCAAGUGGUUAGCGGGAUGCCAAGCGGUUAGCGGGAUGCCAAGCGGUUAGCGGGAUGCCAAGCGGUUAGCGGGAUGCCAAGCGGUUAGCAGGAUGCCAAGCGGUUAGCGGGAUGCCAAGCGGUUAGCAGGAUGCCAAGCGGUUAGCAGGAUGCCAAGCGGUUAGCAGGAUGCCAAGCGGUUAGCAGGAUGCCAAGCGGUUAGCAGGAUGCCAAGUGGUUAGCAGGAUGCCAAGUGGUUAGCAGGAUGCUAAGUGGUUAGCAGGAUGCUAAGUGGUUAGCAGGAUGCCAAGCGGUUAGCAGGAUGCCAAGCGGUUAGCAGGAUGCCAAGCGGUUAGCAGGAUGCUAAGCGGUUAGCAGGAUGCUAAGUGGUUAGCAGGAUGCUAAGUGGUUAGCAGGAUGCUAAGUGGUUAGCCCUAGCAGUAGGCUAUAGUACUGUGUAGGAUCCAGUCGUAACCUUUUUUGUAGGUGUACUCUUCUUGUGAACAAUAUUUAUAAACCCACAAGACUGUAAUGGCUUUGUAUUCUAAAAUUAAAAAGGGGUUUCGUUAUUAAACGUUGAAAUAGAAACAAUG